ACUCAAAAUUAUGAUGUUCCUCUCCAAAACUCCAAAGUCACCAACGACAAUUCGAUUAAUUCCAUUAUUGUUCACCAAACUCAAUCAUAAUAAAGAUUCUUGGCACAGAGCUAAAAAGAAACCCAAUCUCAAUCUCAAUAAUUAUAAUAAAAUGCACCCUGUUGAUGUUCUCCCUUCUCCAAUUCGAAUUAACACCCGUUAGAGAGAAUCAAAGUUUGACGAGCGAGAAUUUAAUGAAAGAAUUGAGCUGGUUGGUGAGCAAUAAUUGGCCAUGGCGAUAAUAUCCACAAUUUCAACGCACCAACCUUUUGUUCCUUUUCCCCCCUAUUUCUUCUUCUCUACUCGUUUCCCCAAAUGGUAAAUCCACUUUGCUUCGCUUUUCUGUUCUUCGGAUUUUGUGGGCAUUCCACAUUUCGCUUAUAGAAUCUAAAGUUUUUCUUCUCUGCAGUAUAAACCAAGUGUAGCAUCAAGAAUGGGAUCUGGAGAUUGGUUGAAGAAUAUAAUCAACUUAAGUAAAUCAAGGAACCCAAAAUCAAAGAGGAUGAAGGGUUUUACUUUAUACGUGAAAAAUAAAUCGGAAUCCCAACCUCAAGAAAAGUCAACAAUUUUGGUCAAUGGUGUUGCUUCCGAGAAGCCUAAGGUUGUCCGUCAGGUGGUUGAGGAUAUUGCUGCAACUCGUAUCCAAACAGCAUUCAGGGCAUUUAAGGCAAGAAAAGCACUAAAGCAUUUGAAAGGAGUAUUAAGAUUGCAAACACUUACAAAAGGUGAUUUUGGAAAGAAGCAAACAUCAAAUACAUUAAUGAAUCUUCAAUCAUGGAGCAAGAUACAAUCCCAAAUUAGAACACGAAGACUUCAAAUGGUUGAAGAAGAAGGAAUUAAACGGAAGAAAUUAGAGAAUCAAUUGAAGCUCGAGACCAAGCUCCGUGAUCUAGAGGUGGAGUGGAGUGGUGGUUCUGAUACCAUUGAUGAGGCGCUUGCAAGGAUACAACAUAGAGAAGAAGCUGCGUUAAAGCGUGGGAGAGCUAUGGCAUAUGCCUUCUCUCAUCAGUGGAGGCCAAGUUCAAGAUACAAUUUAGGCCCGUAUGAUUCAGAAGCAGCUACUGCUGAAUGGGGUUGGAGUUGGUUGGAUAGAUGGAUUGCAAUUCAACCAUGGGAAAACCGAGUCCUGGUUGAGUUGACUCAGAAGAAACUCAACAGCCCAGCAAACAAAGCUAUGAAAAACUCAAAAUCACCAUCAAUGAAAAAUUCAAAGUCCAUGAAAACUUCACCUAAUGGUAUGAAAACUCCAAGAAACCGAAAGCUAUCCUAUAUGGCAACCAAUAAAAUAGAAACACCGCUAAAAGUGUAACAUUUGGUAACUGGUCAAACGGUCAAACCAAACAUGGUGUGCUACAUUCUGAUUUUAAUGUGUAAAGUUAUUUAUUUUUUUCUAUUUAUAUUGUAAAUAGAUGCAAUAAUGAUUUAUGGGGUGAAUAUUGUAUGUGUUUAUUUGGUUGGGAAUGUUAUAGAAUUGUCGGUUA